AGUGAUUAUCGCAGCCGGUUUUGAUCAAAAUAAGAACAAACCCAAAGCAAUUCGUAUUAAAUAUGACCCAGGUUCAAUGCGCCAACAAUGAGAACCGGUCGCAGCGCGUUGCCGCCGUUCAUUAUCACCCAAAAGCGAAACCGAUCCCAAAGCCCCCAGAUGGUGUGUCACAAAGUCAAGCUCAUUUGGCGAUAAUAAUGAUACAGGAAUUGCAGCAACAAUUUUUAAAUACGCGCCAACCAUUUCAAGUGGCGAUUCAGCGCGCGUGCCUGGAGAGUAAGUGGAGGAAGUUGUCCGGCAGGUUUGCGGCUGCCGACACUCGAAUAGAUAUCCGAUCCGAUCCGAUCAGAUCCCCCAAAGUGCAGUACACGUCUGGCCGCGAGCACGAAAGGAAGAUACCCCAUCAUGAGCCUGUAUCCAAUGCUGCUACUGCCGCUGCUGCUGCUCCCAUUUGCGGCAGCGGCCACGCCCACAGCUGCCAUCAGUCCGCUGUCGCAGCGUGGGAUCAUCUUUCCCAAGGAGUCCUUUGACGAGUGCUUCCUGGACGAUGCCAAGCAAAUGGCUGGCACCUGCAAGCUAAUGCAGGACUGCCCCCCGGCCCUGCGGCGUUGGCUCGAAAAGCGGGAAUCUCCCAAGACCUGCUAUUUUGUUAAAUUCGAUCACUACAUUUGCUGUGAGCCGGAUAAACAGCCACUGAUCUCCGUCACAAGCACAACAACAACAGAGCGACCCACACUUCCCCCGUUGCCGUCACUCAAGAAGCGCCCUAGCGUGCUGGCGUGCUAUGACUACAAUAAUGUGAAGCAGCUGAACGAGCGCGACAUCACCUUCGUGGUGUCGGUGGUGGGGGGAAAACCGACGGCCUACCGGGAGUACCCCUUCAUGGCGGCACUCGGCUGGCGGUCCAAUUUCGAUGAGCGGAUCUACUAUCGCUGCGGCGGAGCCCUGAUCUCACCCACAUUUGUACUCACGGCGGCCCAUUGCAUUGACUUUGGCGGAGCGCUGCCCAGUCAGGUGCGUUUGGGUGGCGAUAAUCUAACCCUGGCCACAGGCGAGGAUUUCAACAUCAAGCGCGCCAUCAUUCAUCCGGAGUACAACGCCAGUACGGCCUACAAUGACAUUGCUCUGCUGGAGCUGGAGCUGAAUGCAGAGUUGCGGGCGCCUUCCCUGCGUCCCACCUGUCUGUGGGACCAGCAGGAGCUGGCCGACACAGAGCUGAUGGCCAUUGGCUAUGGCCAGACGCGUUUUGCUGGCCUCUCCUCGUCCCAGCUGCUGAAGGUGCCCCUCCAGUGGGUGGGCAACGAGCAGUGCCAGAUCCACUAUCCACCCGAGACCCUCUCGCUGGGCGUGGUGGCCACGCAGCUGUGCGCUGGCGAUGCCACUCGCCAGCGGGAUACGUGCCAAGGCGACUCUGGUGGCCCGCUGAUCAUGCAGAACGGACCCCUCGGCUAUGUGGUGGGCAUCACAUCGCUCGGCCAGGGCUGUGCCAGUGGCCCGCCCUCGGUGUACACCCGCGUCUCCAGCUAUGUGUCCUGGAUCGAGGCGAUUGUCUGGCCCGGUGGCUACCAGGAGCAGAUCCCACUCCCGCCUGCUCCCGAAUUCGAUCUGAGGGGACCAAUCUGAAAAGGAAUCAAUUAUUUAUCUAUUAUUUCAUAAUUUAAACAAAUAAAAGAAAUAUUUAUAUAGCA